AUGGUUCGUGUCACAGAAGAGCUAGCCCUUUCGGCCCAACAUGUCACUCUUUACCACACCACCGACCCUCUCCUCGGCCACCUUCCCGUCCUCAUCUUCCACGGCCCUUCGACGACGGCGAACUAUACCCUCAACAGCUCGAGAGUCCAGGUCCACGUCUACAGCCCCGCCGGUUUCCGAUCCUACCCUCGCAUAACGAUAUCGCCCAAUUCGCCAUUCUACGGAGUCGUGAACCAUCUGCCGCGCGAAUUUCAAGGCGAUGAGAUCUACCGAGGUCUGGCCUUUGGCCUAUUCAAAUACUUCACCGAGCUACCUGGCCUGGUGAAGAAUCACCUGAAGAACCAGUACCCAACGACUCGGGCAAGACGCCCCGGCUCGGCUCCCGCCUUGUUCUGCGAGCAACAUGCUGCCGACCUCGCGAGUGCCAUGGUCAAGUCGGAGGUAACGGCUGACGUCGUCAACCAGCUUCACAAUGCUUUACAAACGCAGCACCUAAGCAAUAUCGAUAUCGAUUUCGUCCUACCGCCCGGCGCCAUUCUACCCCUACAGCCCGAGGACUACGAGGAGGUCCCCGAGGACGAGGACGACAUACUCGACCCUACGCUAAGGCAAUAUGGGGGCUACACACCGCUGAUACGUCUCUUUGGCGAGCCAAUCUUCCUUCCCACCGCCAAGCUGCGCCGUGCGCCUUCGAAACCGACGUCUCUGAACAGAAGCAAGUCAUUCACUAAGGAUCAGAAAAUGGAGCUGAGAAUGAAGCUUGGGGAACUUCUGGAUACCGAGGACCGUUACGUCAUGAAGCUCAAUGAGCUUGUAAAACACAUUGCCGACGACUUUCGCCAGUCCGCCAAGCGCCAGGUCCAGGGCAGUUUGAGCCCGUCCGAGGAGGAUCUCAAGCGAUUGUUCCCUACCUCUGCAGAUCGAAUCCUCCAAAUGAACUCGGCCUUCCACCUUGAACUCCGGAAAAUCAUGGAAGAUAGUGAGGAGGACGCCCUGAAGGAUAUGGAAACACCCACUGUGGCCUUCGCGGGAUCCAAGCUAGGUGGUACUGCCCGCGCGAAAGACCCAAGUGGCGCCCUCGCCGUCGCCAAGCUGUUCCUCGAGUGGUUUCCCAAGUUUACCGACGGUUACCAAGACUACAUCAAAGCUAGCCAGCAUUUUCCGAAUCUUCUCAACGGCUUCCUUGCGACGCAGUCUUCCUUCAGGCAACGGGUGAACCAGGCAGGCGAGCAGACGAUACGCUCCAUUCUCAUCGAGCCUGUUCAGAGACUCCCCCGCUACAGUUUACUCAUUGAUCAGAUAGUCUCGUCUUUGCCGAUCACCCAUCCCGCGCUGCAGCCCAUGCUCAAAGCCAGGGACAUCAUCACGAAUAUCUGCUCCAUGGAUGACCCGCUUCCCGACAAGCCCCAGCUAACUACCCGUAUGCGAAACAUGAUCGAGUCGUGGCCUUUGGACCUCGAACCGCAAGGACGUUUGAUCCUGGCUGCUGACUUUGUUGAGGUUCUCCCGCCAUACCAGGGUCCCAAGCCCAGCGACGCUGACAGUGCAGGAAUGUUCCUUCUCUUCUCCGACUGCAUCGUAAUCUUGAAGAAGAAGGUCCUGGGCCUUACCGGCCGAGACCUGCUACGCGAGCUCGACAAGCCUUCUGCGGCAGGACUCAUGAUGUCCAUGACGAACGCCGCCGGUGGCCCAGCCUCUUAUGAGCUCGCUUUCGCUGGGUGGCAUAACCUCGCCGACGUUCGGUUCACCGAGUCGGCCCAUGGACAAAUGAUUUGGAUGACGUCAACUCAGGAGAUGAAGGGCGCGCACGCGGGUCCUUACGUCAAAAGCACAGGUGUUACCUCUCGUUGUUUCGUCCUUCAGGAGUCCUACGAGAACAAGGCUGCUAAGUGGAGUGAGGACAUUGUCAAGGCUCGCGUCGAGGGCCGCUUCUCCGAGACCGAGAGGGAGGACCCCUGCUGGACUCUCCGCUCCGUUCGCAUGCCGGAUAACAACCUGGGUCUGUUCGCGGCGGUCUUCCAGGAAGGGAUCGACCAACUGAUCGAGGGCAGGAAAGAGCCGGCGCCCAUUCGAGUAGUUGUUGAUCAUGAAAGGGGAACUAAGGGUGCGCCCGUCGGUCAUUACGGAGUCGAGAUUGUCAUUAAUGUGAAGACGAAUGACUUGCAGCGGAUUUCUAUGAAUACGGUGGGGCUGAAUGGAAAGGUUUUCGUAGACGAGGUGGCGCUGGAAGAUUUCCUUCCAACCAUGUCGCGAAGAAUCAUACAACUGCUUAGUACUCAGUUCGACGUUUCGAAUCUGCGGAUUUCAUCGGCGCUCAUCUCUUAUCACACCAAGACGUUAAAAGCGAUGAAUCUUACCGCGGUCGGACGCGAAAAGUCCAGGUCUUUCCUGGCGACCUCGCCGGUCAAGCUAUUAUCAAGCUUCUGGGGUGGCGGCGGCGGCGGCGGCAGCUCCACCACUGUUGAGCCUCCAAGCCCUACGAAAUACUCUCGCGCCCCAGUGGCCGGAGUAUUUCCGCCACCUCCUCUCCCGAGAACUAACAGUACGCAUUCCAUAUUCGGCUCUUCACGCGAUAAGGAUCGAAUCCCUCUCGACGACGGCAAGCCAGAGAACCCCCUCGUCCGUCUUGAGCAGACUUUCACUGGGUACGUCGCGGCGUUACAGGCUCGGAAGGGAUCUAUCAUCGGCCGUACGCUCCUCAACCGAUCGGGCGUGGACGAGCUCGCAGUCAAUGAUCUGUACAACCGCCUAAUAGAAUCGCCGUUCGACAUCGAUGCCGCGACGGAACUCACGGCGGAUGUGAUCUUUGUGGCCUUUGAAAAGUUCUUGCGUAUUGCGUGGUCAGAACAGAUGGGCCCCAUCAUGACCAUCCAGGCUCUCGACACGCUGCAGGCGAGGGCGAACAAGAGGGUCCCCGGAGACUUUGCCGAUUUCGUCAACUAUCUCUUUGGUGAUAUGGCACCUCAGAAUCGCCGGGCGUUUACGGCAUUGAUGAAACUCCUCGCCGAUCUCCUUGAUGGUUGCGGGAACGAUAGUGAUCGGGGAGCGCUGACCCUCGCUUUUGCUGAGGUUCUCGUCACAGAUGGAACGGCCCACAAUUACAUUAACCUGCUCGAUAGGCUUGUGGAAGACUGCGAUCGGAUAUUUGAAGAAAUUGGAUUCAGCAACAGCAUCCACCUUGGCAACUCGGCAUAUGAAUCCAUGAACUCGACAACCCGUAGCGCGAAGUCGCAUACUGGAUCGCUGACUUCCAACACGUCUUCGUUGCGGCGCAAGUUUGGAUUCGACACUCUCUUGCGGCAGAACAGCAAGGAUUCCGGUCACGGAUCCGUCUGGCGCAGCCUCAGCAAGCACAACCGCAACGCGCUCUCUGGAGAUAUUAGUCAGACCUCCAGCUUGUCCAAGGGUUCUCUUGGUAGGACGAAGUCUAUUGACCUUGGCCCGUCGCCAAAUAAACUCCGAAGGCCCGGGUCGCGCGAUAGGCCGCCGGUGGCCGGUGCAUUUGACGAGAUUCAGCGGCCGGCGAGUUCCCACCGUCUCGAGUCGCGGCUCGAGACCAUCGGCGAGCCGGAAGUCGAGGCUGCCGCGCCGCCCGCCAAGGCGCCGAGGAAGAAGAGGCGAAGCUCAUUGUCCGACCUGCGAAGCCUUAUGGCGGCUGCGUCGCUUGAGGAUAGCACGACGACUCUGAUGCCCCUCGAUUUGAACAAGCAGACGUCGGAGAAAUUUAACUCGGCUCCUAGGAUCCCGUCCCCAUCGCGAAUCCCAAUCAGCCCGGGUUCUUCCCAGGCAUUGCGCGCGUCCCGCCAGAAGGAGAACUUUGGAGGAUCACUUGGCAGCACAGCAACCCCGACUCCAGCGACCGGCGCGGUCCCCUCGGAGCCCGAGAAGUUGAGGUCGCAUUCGAAAACGCUGUCGUCCUCUAACAUCCCCACGCUGCGACGGCCAACCAUCACAGGAACCUCCGGCGAUUCGGCCUCCAGACCGACAAGCAGCCCAACUAGGGCCGGCGCAAGCCAAAGGCUCCGUCUCCAGUCACCGCAAAAGCUACGCGAGAGGCUCCAGACGGAGAAACAAACUGCCGAUGAGGUGGACGCGUCCCUGAAGUCGGAGCUCUCCAAGAUUGCCGAGGAUAUGGCGCGAGUUAAUGGCGGGCUCGGAGGAAGGACGGGCCCCACGGAUCUUCGCAAACUAUCGGCCUCGGUUCAGGCGCUCGAGGACCGCAUGCCGGCUGCGAUGAAGGAUCUCAAGGAGAGACACCAAGCUAUUCAGAGCGACAUGGAGACGACGCUCAAGGCGUCCGAGGCUAAAGUUAAGGCGAUCGAUCAGCUCUAUAAGGAGGCGAUGGCGGAGAAUGAGCUCCUCUACGAGAAGUUCAACUCCGAGCUCGGCAAGAUCGUCAAGGCUUUGAAGGGUAAGGGAAGGGAUGAUAAGGAGGAGCUCGUGGCGAAGCUCAAGGAGCAGAGCGAGGAGACGGCGAGGGUGAAGAAGGAGAAUGCUCGGCUGAGGAGGGAGAUGGCUAGUCUGAGGGCGGCCAUGAAGGGGCUUUCGGAGAACUAA